CCUCCCUUCAAUCAUUCCCGCGCCGGCCGCCGCGAGGAGCGCGCGUCGUUUUGCCACGCUGUCACUAGUUACGCCACGAGUCGAAUAUUUUGUGUAUGUUGCGCAGCGAUCUGUAUUUUGGUUACGUGUUAUGUUUCGGUAAAGUCAUCGCGUACAUGUUUUUCUAUAUUGAUGUAACGUAACUGAGAACACGCGUGGUGAUGUGAGAACGUGUUGCUUGUCAAGUGUCGACGUGUGCAUCGAAACAAUCGUGUGACGAAGAAUCGUCGAAUUAAAUCGUUUCGUUUCUAUCUUUUCGCUCCAGUCAAAAGGGGCUGUGUUUUAAAAGAGAAGAAUUCAUCGUGAUAACGUUAACGUGGUUAACCGGCGGUGGCACGCUCUGCACGUUACACGUGCAUUCGAUAACCUGGAUCUCGUCCCGACGACGAGUCGGUUCGUCUCAUCGAGAAACGACAGUCUGGAUUUUUCGUUGAACGUUCCGCAGCAUCAUCACUCGACAUCCUACCAUCAUAACAGCUACGCCAUGGCUGAUCAAACGUUUCACACUCCCAGUUUCGGCGAUGAAGAUUUCGACAUCCCGGCUAUCCAUUCGCACUCGCAUCAGCAGCAUCAACAUCAACAGCAGCAGCAGCCGCAGCAACAGCAACAACACCAGUCGCAGCAGCAGCAGCCUCAGCCUCAAUCUCAGCACGAUCCGAUGCACGGUUACCAAACGCAGAUGAUGCAAACCGGCAACGUGCAACAAUCUGCGGAUGGGUUGAAUCUCGAUCCGGGUGGAUAUCAACAAUCUCUUUAUCUACAGCAGGACCACUCGAUGCAGCAGCCGAUGAACGUUGGCUCGACGUAUAGUAACUCGCAGGGUUCGUAUGCGAGCAUGAAUUCUCCACGGCAACAGCAUGGAAAUCAGCAAAUAAUGUUGCUUCAACAGCAGCAACAACAACAGCAACAGGCGCAGAUGCAGCAACAUAUGCAGUACAUGCAUACUCAACAGCAGCAGCAGCAGCAGCAACAACAACAGCAGCAGCAGCAGCAGCAGUUGCAACAACAAAUACAAUAUAGGAGUCCAACGGGUGGUAGUCCAUCCGCGAUACAAUCGAGCACGAUCCCCGAGGCAAACAACAAUACUACCACCAGCGAAGAUAGCGAUGACAGUACACCUCAUUCCGGAAUGAUUACCGGCAUUAAACGACCCUCACCGGAACCGACCGACGUUGCAGCAAAAAAUCAAAGGAAACCAAAAUCGCAGAAAAAGAAGAAGAAAAGAGAUCCCAACGAACCGCAAAAGCCCGUUUCGGCGUACGCUCUGUUCUUCAGAGAUACCCAAGCUGCGAUAAAAGGACAAAAUCCAAAUGCGAGCUUCGGUGAAGUUUCCAAGAUCGUCGCUUCGAUGUGGGAUGCGUUGGAGACCGAGCAUAAGAACGUUUACAAGAAGAAGACUGAAGCAGCGAAAAAGGAAUAUCUGCAGGCACUCGCGGCGUACAGAGCGUCUCUGGUUAGCAAGGGUGCAGCCGAAAACGAACAACAGCAUCCACAGCAGCAACCGCAACAGCAGCCAUCGCCGCAACAGCAACAAGUUCAAUAUACGGCGUAUGGUAGCUACGCCGGGAACGGAACACCGGGAAACGUCUCGUAUCAGGUGUAUAGUCCGCAGCCUCAACCUUCUUCGCCUCAGCAACAACAUCCGCAUCCUCACCCGCAUCAACAGCUUCAACAUCAUCAGCAACCCGCGCAACAAAUGCAAAUAAAAAAAUCUCCUCACCAUUUAACCAUGCCAGGAAACUCGCAGCAACAACAAACGCAACAGACUAUGAUGACUACAUCGAUGGCGCCAACGCAUAUCUCGCAACAACAACCAUCGCAACAGCAGCAGCAUAUGCAGCAACAGUACAUGCAGAUGCCGCAACAGCAAGUGCAACAAGUACCGCAACAAUCGCAGCAACAUCAUCAGCAACAGCAGCAACCGCCGCAACAGCAACAGCAGCAGCAGCAAAUGAUACAUUCGAACCCAACAAAAAGCGAUUCUUUGUCGAGUUCACCGUCGGCAGUGAACUCUGUAACUCAGGCUGCGAACAUGGCCGGUCAAAGACCGACGUCGAACGCCUGUAUACGUCACGGAUGUCCGAACCCCGCUGUUGCAAACAGCGAAUGGGAGGACGAGUAUUGCAGCAACGAAUGCGUGGUUAGCCAUUGCAGAGACGUAUUCACCACGUGGGUAUCAUCGAACCAAAAUCCACAACAGAAUUUCUCGACCGUAAAAUAAGGACGACGGGCCGAGCUGGGUGAAACGCAGCGAUCGUUUAAAAUGUUUCCUACCGUUUGUUGUAGUCGCGGAACACGAAUAUACCUGAUGUUCAAAGCGUGAUCCGAUUCGAUAUCUUUUGUACAUAUGUCCAUCACACAGAUAGACACACACACGCACACGCACACACAUACAUGCAUACACACUCACACGUGCGCGCACACACAUAUACACACACAAGGUUUCGCGUCAAAUCAAAAGACGAACGACCGGAGGAUAGAAAGCGCGCUAAGCGAAUCGCUACACAGAUCUCUAAGUUUCGUUUGAAAGACUGCGUGCGUCGCAGCGCGAUGCCCGUCAACGCGGAUAUAUAUUGCCGUUUCACUUUUCCACUGACUAAGUUUCUCACGCGAGGACGAGCAACGUAGCUGCGUAAUCGCGAAAGAGUAUUAGUAUCGCCAAAGUAUAGCAGCCGACAAGAUCAUCGGGUUGCAGUUCCAGGGAAUCGAUCUCGUUAUUGCGCGUUUACCGAUCGCGCGAAACGUUCACGUGCCGCAUACACACUAUCGAAAACGAGAAGUAACGAUGAAUCGCGCGCGACCGUAAACCAUGUUGCAUUCCUUGAACGUCUAGUUAGGGACCGUUUAACGAUAGAUAACAGUAAUUUCGUAGAAAUAUAUUCACAAACGUUUAGGAUACGUUUAUUCCAUACUGAAUUCGCAUAGGUGCACCACGCCGUGUCGAAGUGGUAGAAACGAACAACGUAAACGAGCAAGUGUUUGCCUGCUGAUCGGACUGCGUUGACAACUCGUUUAUAAUUAAUAAUCGAUGUGAGAACGUGAAUGAUGAGCGCGAAGACACGACGAAGAAUAGGAGAAGAGCGAGAGAGGACUGGCGGUUGGUAGCCAUCAAGAACGAGUGACGCAACUUAUUUUUGUAUAAUUUUACAAAGAAAGAGAAAGUCGCGGAGAAGAUUCGUGCAGAUGCCAGAGAAGACGUGAUCGUUACGUGACACCGUAUGCUUCGCCAAGUUAAUUCACACAACCGAUUCGAUUGUUUUGUUCGUUUCUGCUCGCGUUAAUUGCGUAUCGUUUCGUGUCAUUGAAUCGAUAAUCCGAUUACGUUCUCAACUGGUAUACGUUCGAAGCAAACGAGUCGACGUUAUUUAUUUCGAAACAUGAUAGUUUGUACUGACGCGAGUCUUUAGCCGUUCACGAUCGCCGAACAAAAGCUGACUUAAUAACGGUGGUAAAUAAUGGUAACUUAACGGGAGCCUAAAAAGGCCGACUUUUUUUUUUCUUUUUUUCUUUUUCUUUUUUCUUUUUUUUUUUUGUUAGAUUUGUGGGAAAGUACUCGUGUGUGUGUAUUACCCUUCCAAACCUUUGCAUGUGUUCUCGACGGCGAUUCUGCACGAUUUCUGACUCCAGAAAGAAGUGGGGAAUUAGCAAGUUAAUAUGUUUAUAUUACGAAAGAUCAUGUAGCUUUUCCGUGACAGACGUACUCACGUGCCCAUAUACGCACGCGCAUGUAAACGCGUGGCAUUGAUAAGUUUUUAAACAAUUUUUUUUUUCUUUGUAACAGUAUCCUUGUACAUACAACAAAAAAAAAAAAAAGAAUAAUAUUCCGUAGAUUUAUAAGUCUCUACGAUGUAAACAUAAUCUAUAGUGUAACAUAUUGAUAAUGGCAUAACUCACAUAUACACACAUACGUAUAUAAUCCUAUAUACAUGCGCGUGUGCGCGCGUAUGUGUGCAUGUGUGUUGUCUGUGGUAUAUAAAUAAAUAAAUAAAUAAUUAUAUAUAUGUAUAUCAUAUAUAUAUAUAUAAUUUAAAAAAUGUAUAUCAUAUAUAUAUAUAUAUAAUAUGAUAUAGAAAUAUAUGAGUAAUAUAAAUGUAAAAAUUAAUCGGUGACGUCGUGCAUACAUGUGUACAUAAGUACGUACCUACAUAUGCAUGUAUACGUAUACGCGACUCACGCCUGUAUGUACGUAUGUAUAUAUGAAUGUGCACACGUAGCAAAGGAAGCGACAGCUGCGAAUAACUACGUUGUCGUCGUUAUUGAAUGUAAACAAUCACUACAUAGAUGGUUAUGAAUUGGCCGAAUUGCCCGAAACGCGACGAUAUUAUUCCGCACGCGGCCGAAUAACAUCGAUCCUUGAUCCAAAACACGGCGAGUUCGAACUUUUCCAGGGUUAGACGUAAUCACGUAAAUCUGUAUACCGAAGAACAAAAACACAAAAAACAAAGAAAAGACGAAAAGAGAAAAAAGAAAAUAAAAUUUAGAAGAUAUCCAACUAA